CGGCACGCGGAAACUGUAAUGUCAAUGGAAGAGCGCCAGUAGCUCUCUAAAGUGCUCGGGCUUCAUCCGCAAACAUUAACGCCACUAUUUAAAGUUGACAACAGCGGGCUUCUUACGUGCGCAGGACUUUGGAUAUCCACUCAGAUAGCUUAUCUAAGAAGCACAGUCGCCGGGCUGUCAUCCUCAGGAGAAACUUAUGGCACACAACGAGUCGUUGGUCGCUUUGAAUGGGACUCAAAUUUCCUACAUCGGACAUGACUGCAAGAACAUUCCAGACUUCCUUGGAGACAGAUAUGGCAAGUUUGCAAGAAGGCUGGAUCUGAGCUUCAAUCAGCUCAGGUCACUGGCAGGCCUCAAAAUGUUCACUGAGCUGGAAGAGCUGGUCGCUGACAACAAUCUGCUUGGAAAUGACCUCCGGUUGCCCAGGUUACCCAACCUCCACACCCUAACACUCAAUAAGAACCAACUGACUGAUAUCGAGGCCCUGCUGGAACACUUGGCUGAUGUGACCCCGUCACUGGAGUACCUAAGCCUGCUGGGAAAUGAGGCCUGCCCCAACCAGCUGGUCAGCCCGGAUAAGGAUGAGGACGACUACCAGAGAUACAGGUACUUUGUUCUGCACAAGUUGCCCCAGCUGAAGUUUCUGGACACCAGGAAAGUAACCAAAAAAGAAGUGAUGGAGGCACAGGCAAGAGGAGCAUUCAUGAAAGUGGUCAAACCCAAGUCGGAAGCUCCACCUAAUGAGGCUGGAUCUGAGAGUCACCCACUGCCCUACACUCCUUUACCACGAGGAUCUAGAGAUGCCAAGAACCACAAAGGGGUAUUCGCCAAGUGUCGCUACGUCUACUAUGGCAAGCACUCAGAAGGCAACAGAUUCAUCCGAAACGAUCAACUCUGAUGGAAAGCUGGUCGGGAGGAAGAGGAACAUGAGUGACAACGGAUGUCAACAGAAGAAAAGAGGAUCAAAUCAAUCUCUUAUUUAUUAAAACCACUGGUGAUAUUUGAGUCACGUCAUCUCCCUCUGAGUUAUGUAAGGGGAAUGUGUUUUGUUUUUUUUGUUUUUUUUAAAGUUUUUAUUCCAGCCCCAUAGUUACGGCCUCCACUGCUGAGCUGUGUCUGCCUCUGACUCCCUGCUUCCAGCUUAGAGUCAGAGUCAGACAUGACACUACCACUGACAUGAUUGCCUGUAAGCAUCAGCAACCGCACAACUCCAGACACACACAACACACACACAAGGACAGUCUCUCUCUAUCUCUUUCUCUCUUUCUCUCUCUCUCUCUCACGCACAGUCAGUGACAAACAGACCCAACCAAUUGCAUCCUUUUCUUUGACAGCCAUGAUGGAUCACCCAUCCACUACCGCCACUAAUCAAGGGUGAAAGGGGUGACGGUCACACACCUGGGGCCUGACAUGGUCUCAUUUCUCUCAUUCUCUCUCUCUCUUUUACACACACAUUCUCACACACCUAACUGCUGUUAAAAACAUUAAGACAUCAAGACAAAGAAUUUGACAGAAUAAGGUUUAUACAGCCUGGUUAAACAUUCCUAAGAUUUUCAGUCCAGACUUGAAGCAAGAUCAGUCUGCCUUGUUUAGUGUGCAGAAGUGUUUGUUUGAAUGACUUUCAUUGAAUUAAUUUUAUUUUUGUGUCUCUAUGUCUGAUAGCUAAGCAAUGAUUCAGGCAGUUGCUGUUUCUAGUGUGUAUAUGUUAGCAUAUAUAUUUCAUGGAAGAGAUGUCUGAAAUGCAAGUCAAAAACAUUCCAGUCCCAGCUUUAAUGAAAAAUAGAGUAUGUUAGUAAAAGUAUGUUUGUUAUGGGUUUUUUUGCCUUUCCCACUGUGACUCUUUAGCCAGUUAACUAUUCCGUGCUGAAAUAUUUGGUGACUCUUUAUUUGGAUAGUGUGCUUAAAGAUUUAUAGUAUUAUAAACUGUCUGUAUAGUAUUUGAAACAUUUGCUUUGUCUGUAGACGUUUAACAGAUUAUCUAUAGAGUAUAUAUAUGAUAAUUUAUGAACAUACCCUUAACCAAGAUGUGUUUUAUGACUAAAACUAACCAAACCUUUAUUUGUGAAACAGUUGAAUUGUUGAAUCUCAAACUGUUGAAAUGUGACAGAUACUCUCGUAUAGGCUAUCUGUAUGCAGAGUAUCCAAAUAAAGUGGAACCAAAUAUUCCCUUUGUUAUUUGUACUGCAGUGACGCAUAUGCACAAACUGUAAGACAUCAUCUACACAUAAACAUUUCACCUAAUGGAAUAUUGACUCUAUCUAUCUUUUUUUUUAAUGUUUACAUUUUAUAAGACUUUAAAAUCAUCAUGUUUUUUGUUUAUUGUGAUUUUUAAUUCCUAAUUACAACCACUAAUGGUAACGUGCCAACAUUUUUAAACGUCUUAUUAAAAGUUCUUCAUGCAACCUUCCAAUCUGAUAUUUUUUUAUGAAUGAAUAUUGUGAUAUAGCUGAUCUAGUGUAUGAAAUUCUAUUAGCAGGAUGUCUUCAAGUGAU